AUGGCCACUGUUCAGGAAGGCUGUGCAGCAGACUCAUCAGUCCAGCCAGAAGGCUCUUUGACCGCAGAGGUGACGGGCACAGUACCUGCAACACUGUCGGCCGCUGAUGGUGCAGAUGAGGCAGUUGGUCACAAAGCAUAUCCAUCCCCUCCACUGAAGAGAAAAGAUAUUUCCCCGUGUGAUGAUCACCUUGUCUCACCCGGAGAGGAUGCACAUUCAGGGAGCGGAUCCGAAGACCACCAACGACCGCCCGUUUACGACCUGGCCCAGCAGAUAAAGAAUUUACAAACUGAAAACCAGCGGCUCCAAAAAAUGUAUUCCGAAAUAGAAAUGUCCAUGCAAAAAAAAGCAGCCCAGACAGGUUGGUCCGAUGUCACUGAUCGGAAGGUCCAAAAAUUUUGUAACCGCCUUCACUCCAAGCUUUAUAUGUGGAGUCUUGAUUAUGCCAUCGAGGAUGUCAAUACUGUCGAACCAAAGCUGUUAGCCUGUGCAAAGCAGAACAUCAUCACCUCGCUCGACGGAUUUUGUAAGCAGGAAGACUGGGAGUCUUUGAUGAAACGGUUUCCAGCCAGGAUUCAAGAGGGCAUCCUUCAGGUCUUUGCUCACACACUCUGGACCAAGCAUCUCUUUGAAGAUGUCUUCAUGAAGCCCUUCCUCUACUUUGACUUUUAUGAGCAGGAAGAAAUGACCAGCACCGCGGGCGAACCAGACACCUCGCUUCCGACAAAAUUACAGAACAUGUAUCAAAUGUUCCGAACAGUUGAUGAAGCCCAGGCCCAAGCAUGGCGAAGUGACACGGUUCGCCUUGCGAACUCGAUCGUUCCGUUAAACGAAAAUGAUCCGGAUACCCUUUCGAUGGCCGAAGCGGCCGAAUUGUUGGGCAUGCCUUUAAAGACUCCAAUUGUGGGCCCGGAAGCAUAUCUCCUUGGAGAGAGGAGCAAACAAGCCAGAAGAUCCGCGGUUGAACGACUGGUUUCCAGUAUUCUUGACGGUCCCAUGCGGCUCAUGUUGCGUGAACUCCUCAGCCCGGAAGAAGCUGAUCGACGAAACCAGGUCAUUAUUGACAUCUAUUGCAGUACAGCUCAACUGGCAGCCAGAUGCUGGGCCGACAGGUCACUGUGGGAGAUCCGCGGUCUCGACAAGGUGGGCGGCACCUUCCAUUGGCAAACCGAGACGCUGAAGCCGCAUAACUUCCAUAUCGCGGAGGAUAGAUUGAAUGGUAAAGCGGUUCUGGUCGUAAUCCAACCGCCUCUAUACCGCUGGGGGGAUGUGACCCUUCAAUACCAUCUUGAUUCGAUGGUGGCACAGGGGACGGUAAUAGUGGAAGAUCCCGCCCCAACUUAA